AUGUCUUCUACCGAGCAAGAUGUCGGUAGCAACGACAACAGUGACAAAGAUCGCGCCAUCAUCAAGCCCAGCGAAGGCACCUGUGGAAUUUUACCCGACACCGACAUCGUCACCGUGGACGAAGAGGUCGCCGAAGACCAAGAAAUGGAAGACAGCUACGUGUUCGUCGAAGCUGACUACCAUUCCUACACUGACGUGGAAUCUUCCGUCGCCGAAGGCUCGAAUUCGGACUGUGAGCUUUCAGAGCGUGAAGAGAAGGGCGAUGUAAACUCCAAGAGCGAAGCUGACAGAAUGGAAGAGCAGAAUGGUGGUGUGAGAAAGGGGUUUGUCAAGGGAGCGGCGGAGAAGAAAACUUCCGGUACUCAAGGUGAUGGCGGCAAGGAUGAUGCAGAAGAACUGCCAGAAAUUGCGAAGUUGCGAGCACGGACAGUUUACAGUCUUCUCAUCACGAGGGUGACCAUCAUGCCGCGCCCAGAGAAACCUCACAUGAACGACGAUAUUAACAGCCAAGAAGACUUCACCCAGCUCGUCGACGGAAAGAAAGUCGUCGCCCUACCCAACGAUACUCCACCGAGGCACCCUGAUGGCAGCUACGUCUUCGUUCGUGACGAGACUGCUAAAACCAUCGAAGACAAAAGCGCACAAGACACCAUCGCCUACUACGCCAAAAUCCUCGCCAUCGAAACAAAAUCCAGACCCUAUCCUAGCUUAACAUCGAAUGCAAUUCUCGAUGGACUCGACACCCUACGCAUCUGCUCCGAGAUCUUCUCCGACAACCCAACGAAGCCCGCUUUUGUCGCGGAAUACUUGCAUAUGCUAGAGCCGCAACACCAGCUCAGUCUCUCCAUCGUUCUUUCCAUCAUACUCGAUCCGGAUGACUGGAUGAAUCUCGAGCACGAGGUUGUUAGAGACGAGGAGUUCGAAAUCUCGGUGGUGAUUUGGGCGCUGAAGCUUGGGCCAGAGGGUCUUAUGCUGGGGAGGGUGGAGGGGAGAAGCGAGAUGCAGAUUUUGCUGGCUGCGGAGGAGGCGUGGAUUGUGGUGAAUGAGGGGAAGGAGGAGUAUGAAGAGAAGAAGAUGGAGUUGAGGCGGGUUGCUGCGGAGGUGACGAUGUGGGGGAGGGGCGCGGCUGGCAUGUUUGCUAAAAAGGGUCGAACUGAAGAUGACGACUGA